AGGCCUUGAACCCAUUUUAUGGACUCACUUCUUACUAAACUACCAUAAAAUAUUAAAAUCCAGACCUUAUAAAUACGGAGAGGAGAGCGCUGCACACUUCUUUUCAGAAGCAGCCUCUCCAGGGACACCUCCCAAGGCACCGGCCGGGCUCCCCGGAGAUGGCACAGAAAAGCAGCCUCGCAGUCCCCCCCCCAGUGCCUGUCCUCGUGGUUUGCUUUUUGGCAUGCGUAGCCACAGGUGUGGAACUCUCUGUAAAUAACCAUGCUGCUGACUUCACCCUGUCCACAUCAUCUGGGACUCCCAUCUCCCUCUCCUGCCUGGUACAGAACAGCAGCCAGGCCGAGGAGCUGCUCUGGUACCGAGGAGACGGCAAAGUGGAUCUGAAAGAUGGGAAUAAAGUGAACAUCAGCAACAUCUGCAUCUCCCCGGCCACUGCGACCGACAAUGGUGUCACCUUCACGUGCAAGCUGAUGCGGGACCAGUCCGUCAAGGUCUCGGUGAUCCUGGAUGUCCAAUUUCCUCCCAACGUGACUGAAGACGAGACCGUCAAAGCCGAAGAAGAGAAAGAUGUCACUCUGACCUGCAAUGCCAAAUCCAACCCGCAAGGCCAAGCAGCCUGGUACAAGAACAACGCCAUCCUGACCCUACAGCAAGAUCGCUACCAGGUGUACCAGACUAGCGAGGUCUUCCAGCUCUCUAUCACGAAAGUACAGAAAUCUGACAACGGGACCUACACCUGUGAGGUGAAAUCUUCUUUGGGAAGCGGGAGAAAGGAUUUCCACCUGAUAGUUGAAGAUAAAAAAACUGUUUUCCCCAUGGAGGCUGUUAUCGCUGCUGUGGUGGUGGUUACACUCACAGUGCUUUUUGGAAUUGUGGCUCGAAGAGAUAAAAUUUGUAAGUGCUUCAAAAGAUCAAGUGAAACAGCUCUGUAAGGAUCACCAAGUUCCCGUGCACACCCACAAUUACUAGUGGUGGAACACAAACCCCUGCAAGAGAUGAUUAAACACUGCAAUAA